AUGGACGAAGCAUCCGAGACUGCCCAAGAUGAUGGAGUCCCGGCCUCGCCCACCGACCUGCCAAAGGUCAUCACCAUUGCCCCCAAGGGCGACAUCUUGCUGGACGUGACUUUCGAAACCUCAAAGGCAACACUCAAGGCAGCCCGUGCCGCACUGCCCAAGCCUCGCCCCGCCCAGCGCGACCCACCUGCCCCCCAGCCGCUGCUGAAGCCCCGGAUUCACCUUGCCUACCGUGUGGAUCUCUCCACGCUCAAGAAGCACUCGAGGUACUUCACCAACCUGCUGACCGACACGCGCUUCCAAGAGGCCCGCGACAUCGAGUCCAGGUUCCGCGACCUGUCCCUGCGCAAUGAGAAGCCCGCAGACGUCGACUCCGACCAGCUGCCCCGCGUCGUCAUCGUCGACGACGACGAGGCCACGCGCUCCGCCGGCCGCGAGGAUGUCUUCCGCGAUCUGCUGAGGAUCCUGCACGGCGGCGGCAUCACCACGAGGCCUGUCACCAUGCUGUAUGUGGCCACCAUGGCCGUCAUGGCUGACCGCUUCGACUGCACCCCCACCGUCUCGCGGUACCUGACCACGGGGCUCAAGUUCAAGUGGCCUGCCACGCCCCAGCCCAAGCCGAGCACCGACGUCGAGGGCAUGACGAGCCUGAGCAUCUCCGGAGAGGAGAUGCUGCGCCAGAAGGCACUUGUCUCGUGGCUGCUUGACCACCCACUCAAGUUCCAGGCGGCUACGCGGGAGCUGGUGCUCUACGGCUCCCAUGCCUGGGCUGCUGUCGGCGACGAGGACGAUGAUGGCGCGGGCCCCGAGCCGGGUAAGCAGCCUGAGUCGUCCCGUCGGGAUGCUCUGUGGUGGUAUCUCCCCAGUGAAUUGGAGGAGGAACUACACUACCGCCGCACGCUUAUUCUCAGGACGCUAGCCUCAAUAGUAGGGCACUUCCUGCGCCUCUAUUCCUCCCGUGCGCGUCAGUGCAAGCUGGGCUACGACUCGAGCGCCGCCUGUGACUCGUUCCAGCUGGGCGAGAUGGUCAAGUUCUUCACGGCCAAGAACCUCCUCUACCUCGUAAACUUCUCUCCGUCCUCGCAGGAGAGCAUCAGGGACUUUGCCGCCGUGGAUGUCGGCUCCAUCCUCGCGGCGCUCCGCCAGAGCCCCCACUACCAGAUAGACAAGAACCACUCCAACUGCGGGCUCAGGUCCAAGAUCACGCCGAUCCUCGAGUACGUCCAGGUCAUGCUGAGCUCCAACGUCGGCGUGAACCUGCAGGCCUGGAAGAAGGAUCCCAAGGCCGCCACCUGGAUGGCGGCGUGCAAGGGGGCUGCAGAACCCGACAGGGGCAAGACGGCCCGCAAGAAGGAGUUCAGUGUCGGCGCCGCAGGUGGAGACAGUAAGGGCCCAGGGAGGGACAAGGUGUUCCGCUUCACGAGGUCCCUUGCCCAGGACCAAAGGCUCAGGUACGAGGGCGCCAUGUCUGCUGACCGGAUGGCGCUGGAGCUAUUCAUGGCAGAGGCCUGGGACUGGACACCCGAGGACGACCUCGGCUCCGGAGGCAGGGAAUUUGCAACAACCAAGUGGCUCAAAUGA